CAGCGCUCCAAGGACCAGGGCAAGGCUGAUUUCCUGUCCAGACCUUCCCACUAAGUCCAGUGGUAACAAUGGUACCUGUAUUGUUGUCCCUGCCAUUUCUUCUGGGUCCUGCAAUCCCCCAGGAGACUCCAGGAGCUGGUCCUUAUUCUCUGGUCUUUCUCUACACGGGGCUGUCCAGGCCCAGUAGAGUCUUCCCCAAAUUUCAAGCCACCGCCUUCCUCAAUGACCAGGCCUUCUUCCACUACAACAGUGACAGCAGAAAAGCAGAGCCUAUAGGACCAUGGAGAAAGAUAAAAGGAAUGGAAAACUGGGAGAAGGAGAGCCAGCUUCAGAAGGCCAGGCAGGAAAUCUUCCUGGUGACCCUGAAAGACAUCAUGGACUAUUACAAGGACAGUGAAGGGUCUCACACCUUUCAGGGAAUGUUUGGUUGUGAGAUCCAGAAUAACAGAAGCAGUGGAGCAUUCUGGAGAUAUGCCUACGAUGGACAGGACUUCAUCGAAUUCAACAAAGAAAUCCCAGCCUGGGUCCCCUUGGACCCCUUGGACCCAGCAGCCCUGAAAACCAAGCAGAAGUGGGAGGCAGAAAAAAUCUACGUGCAGCGGGCAAAGGCGUACCUGGAGGAGGAGUGCCCUGCGAUGCUGCGGAGGUACCUGAAUUACAGCAAGGGUCACCUGGACCAGCAAGAUCCUCCCUCUGUGUCAGUCACUAGCCACUUGGUUCCAGGAAGAAACAAGACACUCAAAUGCCUGGCCUACGACUUCUACCCACGAGGACUUGGUCUGCGCUGGGUCCCGGCUGGCAAGAAGCAGGAGUCUGAAUCACGAGUAGAUGUUCUUCCCAGUGGGAAUGGCACUUACCAGUCCUGGGUAGUGAUGGAAAUCCCCCUUCAGGACAGAGGUCCCCAUUUCUGCCUUGUGGAGCACAGUGGUCUGGCCCAGCCUCUCUCGGUGCCAUGGGAGGAAAAGCAAAAACCUACAGCUAAAGGCAAUUUGGAGACUCAGCCUCAGGAGUCACUCUUUCUGCCUGAAAUGAGAGACCUGGACUUUAGAAAUCACCAGAAAGAUCCUAAGGAAGAAAUGCAAACCCAGGUAGAUUUGGAGACAGAAGACUUAAGCACCUGGUCCUGAGCUCACUCUACUGAGCUCACCUCACUUUAUAAAACUCCCCAAUAUCUAACCUGUAAGAUAGCACUCAAAUUAACACCCUUGAUUAGCACAGCAGAGAAAGAUAUUUCUAAACUAUGUAGUGCUGUAAAA